AUGCGCCCUAAAAACACUAAACCAACCAGUGAUGAGCUUCUCGCUCAAUUUGACAAUCUUGGGGUUGAGGACUCUAGCCCCGACCCAAAACCAUCGCAGCCAGCGACUGCAACGACUGGCCCGCAGUCCGAACAGGACAUCUUAGCUGAGCUGGAUAAUCUAGCUUCGCAGCGCCCAGGAAGUGGUCCUGGAACCCCUCGCCCAUCCACUACUGAGUCUAGGCCCAAAGCAGCUGCAGCGUCAACCACUCCCUCGACCGGUCGGUCUAGCGAAGAGAAACCUACCCCCCGCAAGUCGGGAGAGAGCGUCCGUUCUUCUCGUGUGACUACUCAGCCCGAUAAUGUGCAAAAGUCUGAUGUUGAAAAAGCAGCGACCCAGGAGACCCCUGCUUCUGGUGGAGGUGGAUGGUGGGGAGGUAUUUUUGCCACGGCUAGUGCUGCCAUGAAGCAGGCUGAAGCAGCCGUGAAGGAGAUACAGCAGAAUGAAGAAGCCCAGAAGUGGGCACAACAGGUGAAAGGCAAUGUUGGUGCUCUGAGAGACUUUGGUGGUGAGCUUCGCAACAUAGCGAUCCCUACGUUUACCUCCCUCAUCCAUACCCUUGCGCCCCCAAUCUCGUCCCACGAACGCCUCCAGAUCCAUGUGACCCACGACUUUUCGGGGUACCCCAGUCUUGAUCCUCUGGUUUAUGCCGUCUUCUCCCGUGUGAUGGCCCAAGUAGAAGGUGGAGACCUUCUGGUGAUCCAGCGAGGCCAAGAAUCAGCCCGAAGACGCGGAAUUGACAUUACUGGGGCUACAGCGGGCUGGCGCGAUGGCCCAUGGUGGCGCACGGUUACUUCCGGGAACCCUCGUACCCUCUCAGCUGUUCGUGGCUCCGUGGAAGCUACCAAGCUCGCCAGGGCAAGCGCCGAAUCGUAUGCCACUGAAUACUUCCAUCCUAGGGGAGGGGUUGAAGAGGCCGCAAAACAAGCAAGCGAGAUCUUGAGCGAGUCGAACCCGGUCCGAAACAGCGAUAUUUUCCUCGCCGUCCAGGCAAUCAGCCAAACUGCGCCAACUGAACUUUUCCAGGCGGGCCCAACCACGGAUAAAGCCACUCCACCCGGCGUGGUUGAUGUUCCCGAUGCUACGGAAGAGGAGAUCAUCUUCGCUCUUUACCUGCACGACCCUAUCCACGGCAUUGCCUUCCAUACGGUCUCCCAGGCCGUCCCGCAAAAAUGGGUAGAGUGGCUCGAUUCCUCUGCUCCGGCGGGAGACUCCCAUACCGAAGGAGAUAAUGUGCUCCAUGCAGUCACUCCCGACGAAAUUGCCGAGAUCGUCGAAGGUGGCGGCGUUGAUCCCCGCGAAUGGGCGGCUGAAUGGAUCGAGGAAGCCCUCUCCUUGGCCACUGGGGUCGUCGCGCAGCGUUAUGUUGCCCGCAGAAUGGGUGUCGGAGAGGGCGGAAUCGCAAAGGGGAAGAUGCGCGCUGAGCAGGCGUCGGUUGUAGAGAGUGGAGCGGGAGAAGUUGCGCGGGCGCUUUAG